UUGGGGUAUAAGCACGACUUGCAACCAAGCGGGUCCAAGCCGAAGCCGAAGCUGCCGAGAGCACAUGAGGAAGUCCUCGGGAUCAACGUUAGACGAGCAGUAAAUAUGAUCUUGCGCAGUUCGCAUAUUACACCAGAUGAUUCCAUGAAUCUCUAACUAUGCGUAUGCCGAUGCCUUGCAAACUUGCCGUCAAUCCGUUCAAAGUUACAAGCAUUCACUCAGAUUUGUCCAAUUUCACUUCACUUUUUAUCGGACUUCAUAUACAACUGGCUAACUUACACCAUGGACCUGAAAGAGCUGAUGAUUGAGGCUUUGGAAGCAAACCGAGAUAAUCAUGUCCGCAUGCUUCAGGCUUUCGUCAGGGCACCUUCGCCAAAUCCACCAGGCGACACCGUAACAGCAGCAGCUAUACUGACCGACUACCUCACUAGCAAAAGAAUUGACUACGAACUGAUCACACCCCGGCCCGGCCAACCUAACAUCGUCAGUGAGUUCUCUGGUGGCAAGCCAGGACCCCGUGUCGUUUUGAACGGGCAUAUCGACGUAUUCGCACUCGGACCAGACACGACCGGAUGGGACAGAGACCCGUGGUCUGGAGACGUCGUCGACGGUCGCGUCCAUGGACGAGGCGUGGUGGACAUGAAGUCGGGCACGGCUUCGCUGGUGAUCGCUUAUGCUUAUCUCUUCGAAAGAAGGGAGCACCUUAAAGGCAGCGUCGCUCUAUGCGCUGUUUCGGACGAAGAGACGGGUGGGAAAUGGGGAACCAAGUUCCUGAUCCAGCAGGAUAGAGUCAGAUGGGGAGGUGAUGUGAUGCUGAGUGCCGAGCCUUCUGGCAGGACGAUCAGGUUUGCCGAGAAGGGGACGCUCAGGCUAAUUGGGAAGGUCAAGACCAGAGGCGCGCAUGGGGCUUAUAUCAAUCUUGACAAAGGUGCAAUCCGAAUCGCGGGAAGUUUUCUUGGAAAGGUGGUUGAGGCUGUGGAGUCAAUGGAAGUAAUCCCACCGGCGGAUAUCGCUUCACACUUGACAGAUCCCAAGGUUUUGGCCGUGGUCGAUCAAGUCAUGGGCCCUGGCACGUCGACUAUUAUCGCUCGUCCUACAGUCAACAUCGGUAUCAUAAGCGGUGGUACCGUAGUUAAUGUCAUACCUAACACGUGCACAUUCGAGCUAGAUAUCCGUCUGCCUAUAGGCCUCACGGCUGAGCAGGUUUUGGACGUGGUACGAUGCAUCAUUCUGCAGUAUCAAGACGCUAUGAUCAACAUCGACAAGCGGGAGGCUGCCAGCAAUCCGAGCAGCUUCUCACCGAUUGACCAUCCCAUGAUCAAGCGGCUAGCAAACAACGCGGAAGUAUUUGCACCGGAUUGUCGACCAGCACUUAUUCCGUCAAUGGGUGCCACGGACUGCAAACAUUACAGAUAUGCUAACAUUCCAGCUUAUGUAUACGGUUGCAGUCCCUAUGGUAUGGCUACGGUGAACGAGUCGGCGUCAAUCGAUGAGUUUGUGCAGGUGACAAAAGUCAUAGCCGCAGCUACUUGGGACUUCCUGCAGUAGGGGUAGGUGCAUGUAGAUUCUUGGUCUCGGUUCCGCAGGUCUGGUUUGAGGGUUCGCUUUGCAAUUUGCAAUCGAGGGGUGCGAAUGCGAGUUAUACCUAUCAUAAUAGCACGUUUCCCAUGAUUCAAUCCCCAGCAUGCAGGUAUGUGCCGGUGAUGUUCUCGAUUCCGCCAUAGCAUAGUAUAAUAACCUUCGGGGUUAUAGAUCAUGUGGAUACCUGAUUUGGAUUGAGUGAUUUUCUGUAUCGCCAUCAAGGGGACCUGAAUGAAUGAUCU